GUGAAGUAAACUAGAAAGAGAGGAAAAACAUUAUUUUUCAAAAGUUUCACGCGUUUAAUGUUCGCAAGAUCACACGUUGAUUAUGGUUUGGUACAUCCCUUUACAUUACACUUUACUCUUGUAAUUUCAUAUUUAUUCGAAGUUUGAUUGCAUUUACAGUCCCAACACGCUUAUUAUUAUCACUCUAAACUUUGUUCCAAUGGCGACUCCAAGAUUCCGAUAUGAUGUGUUCCUCAGCUUUAGAGGGGAAGACACGCGUCAUGGUUUCACUGGCAAUCUCUACAAAGCUCUUUGUAACAGGGGAAUUCAUACUUUCAUCGAUGAUGAGGAUCUUCAGAGAGGGGAGGAAAUCACACCAUCACUUCGAAAGGCAAUUGAAGAGUCUAGGAUUGCCAUAGUUGUGCUCUCUCAAAACUAUGCUUCUUCCUCCUUCUGCUUGGAUGAACUCGCAACCAUCCUUCACUGCCACACCCAAGGACACUUGGUUUUACCGGUCUUCUAUAAGGUUCAACCUUCUGAUGUCAGACACCAGAGAGGUAGUUAUGGAGAAGAAUUAACUAAACAUCAGAGAAGGUUCAAAGAUAAGGAAAAGUUGCAGAAAUGGAAGAUGGCUCUGCGUCAAGUAGCUGAUUUGUCUGGCUAUCAUUUCAAAGACGCUGAUGGAUACGAAUACAAGUUUAUUGAGAGUGUUGUGGACCGGGUCUGCCACAAGAUUAAUCCUGCUCGUUUACAUGUUGCGGAUUACCCUGUUGGACUAGGGCCACAAGUGCUGGAACUAAAAAAGCUUCUAAACGUUGAAUGUGGUGAUGGAUUCCACAUGAUAGGGAUCCAUGGAAUGGGUGGCGUAGGAAAAACAACCCUCGCUUUAGCACUUUAUAAUUUGAUUGCUGACUAUUUUGAUAGUUCUUGUUUUGUUCAAAACGUGAGAGAGAAAUCAAAAAAGCAUGGGCUGGAACACCUCCAAAGCAUUAUUCUUUCGAACCUACUUGGAGCGAAGGACAUCAACUUAACAAGUGAGCAUCAAGGGAUUUCAAUGAUACAACUGUUGUUGCAACGAAAGAAGGUUCUGUUGAUUCUUGAUGACGUUGACAGGUGCGAGCAGUUACAGGCUCUGACGGGAAGCCCUGAUUGGUUUGGUCCCGGCAGCAGAGUCAUCAUCACAACUAGAGAUACACAACUGCUUGCAUCUCAUCAGGUCAAAGGAACAUAUGAGGUCGACACAUUGGAUGCAAAGGACGCUCUUCAAUUGCUUACAUGGAAAGCUUUCAAAACAGAACAGGUUGAUCCAAGUUACAUGGAGGUGUUGAAUGAUGUAGUAACUUAUGCUUCUGGCCUUCCAUUGGCUUUGGAAGUAAUUGGUUCCAAUCUGUUUGCAAAAAGUGUGGAACAGUGGAAAUCUGCUAUCAAUCAAUAUAAAAGAAUUCCUAACAAUAAAAUCCAAGAGAUUCUUAAAGUAAGCUUCGAUGCUUUAGAGGAAGAAGAGAAGUGUGUUUUUCUUGACAUUGCUUGUUGCUUCGAAGGAUAUGAACUGACAAAGGUUGAGGUUAUGCUUCGUGCUCUCUACGAUGACUGCAUGAAAUAUCAUAUUGGGGUGUUGGUUCAAAAAUCUCUCAUUAAGAUUAAUUACCCUGGUAUAAUUGUAAUGCAUGAUUUAAUUGGGGACAUGGGUAAACAAAUUGACCAGAGAGAAUCAUCGAAAAAGCCAGGAAAGGGCAGGAGAUUAUGGUUACCUAAAGAUAUAAUUCAAGUUUUAAUGGACAACACAGGAACUAGCGAAACUGAAAUCCUAUGCCUGGAUUUGUCUAUAUCUGAGAAAGAAGAAACGCUAGAAUGGAAUGCCAACGCCUUCAGGAGGAUGAAAAACCUUAAAAUACUUAUCAUUAGAAAUGGGAAAUUUUCCAAAGGUCCCAAUUAUUUUCCAGAAAGUUUGAGAAUACUGGAAUGGCAUGGAUACCCUUCAAAUUGUUUACCUUCAAAUUCUCAUCCAAACAAACUUGUGACAUGCAAGUUGCCUAACAGUUCUUUUACGUCAUUUGGGUUCAAUGGUUCAUCAAAGAAGUUCAAGAAUUUAACCGAAUUGAACUUUGACAAUUGCAAAAUUUUAACACGGAUACCUGACGUAUCUGAUCUCCCAAAUCUGGAGAAACUUUCCUUUGAACGGUGUGAGAGAGUAAUUGCAGUUGACGACUCAAUUGGUUUUUUGAAUAAACUUAAAAUAUUGAAAGCUCAACACUGCACGAAGCUUAGGAGAUUUCCACCUCUCAACUUGCCCUCUCUUAAAGUACUUCAACUUUCACAUUGUUACAGUCUUGAGAAUUUUCCAGAAAUAUUAGGAAAGAUGGGAAACAUAAGGGAACCUUUUUUGUUUAAAGUUGGCAUAGAAGAGUUGCCAGUUUCAUUUCAACAUCUUACCGGACUCCAUGAGUUAUACGCGGAAUGUGAUUUUCUUCAGUUAAAUAGCAGUGUCUUGACGUCUUCGUUGACUGGUUUUUUCGCUAAUGGAUGCAAGGAGUGGAAAUGGAUAAAUUCAAAAGAUGGUGAAGAAGUGGGCUCAAGGGUAUCUUCAACUCUACGUUCGUUUGAGCAACUUCACGAGGCUGGAAAGACUGAUUUUGUGCUUCCAGGAGGAAGUAUUCCCGAGUGGUUGGAUAAAGAAAGCUGGGGACCUUCAAUUUCUUUCUGGUUUCGUAAUCAAUUCCCUCCCAAAGUCCUUUGUUUCUUUAUUGCAUCUGUACGGAAUGAUAUCAUUUAUCACUUGGUUAGACCCGUGGUGUUAAUCAAUGGCAAAGUUCAAGGAUAUAAAGCUGGUUAUUAUAUGCAUGAGGUAAUGGCGGAAUUGGAUCAUAUGCAGCUCUUUGAUCUACAUGUGUUACCGUUCUCUGAAGAUCUGAUGAAAAUGGCUUCAGAAAAGGAGUGGAAGCAUGUGGAGAUUACAUACCAAGGUUUGCUUAUUAACUCAUUCAUCAAAGCAAUGGGAAUCCAUAUAGUCAAAUCGGAAAGAAGGGGCAUGGAGGACAUUAGAUAUGAUGAUCCUAACACCACCACAAAAGUGUGGCCAUGCAACUUCUCUGUAACUUUUCUUCCUUUCUUUUUUCGCUUUUUGUUUGCUCUCAUUUUAUUUUUGACAUUGUUGAUCCAUUUGGAUUUUGUAAAUCUUUCAUCACUUUGCGUUUUCAAUCUCAGGUUUUAGCCUUUUUCUUAGGGUAGCAUUGGUUUUUUUGUACACCCAGUUGACACUAUGCGUUUAUUAAUGUCAUUGCACAGUGAAUUUUUUAUUUUUUGUUUUAAAAAAUCUUGUGGGCUUAUGUGUUUUGAGUAGGAAAAUUGU